ACACAUACAGUACAUAGAAGAAAGUGUGUUUUUGUUGUUUGUGUCUUGCAGACGUCCAGCAGCUGAUCGGUAAUCCAGAAGAAGUUUCCCCUCAGUUAGGGGGGAGCUCCACUUUGAAGCAGGAGACUCCACAACCACCCUGCAUUAAAAAGGAAGAGGAGGAACUCUGCAUCACUCAGGAGGGAGAGUGUCUUCUAGGACGAGAGGAAGCUGAUUACACCAAGUUUCCACUGAGUAUUCUCUCUGUGAAGACUGAAGAUGAUGAAGAGAAACCACAAGUAGACAACCUCUUAGCUCCACUAUCAGAUAGUGAGGUUGAAGACGAGGUUGAAGUAACUUUGAGCAGCGAUAACGACUGUGAAGGUGAUAUGAGGACUCACACUGACAACAAACACUCUGAAUGCUCUACAAAGAAGAGAGGUAAAACAUGUUUAAAGGCCUACUGAAAUGAAUUUUUUUUAUUUAAACGGGGAUAGCAGAUCUAUUCUAUGUGUCAUACUUGAUCAUUUCGCGAUAUUGCCAUAUUUUUGCUGAAAGGAUUUAGUAUAGAACAACGACGAUAAAGAUUGCAACUUUUGGUAUCUGAUAAAAAAAAGGCUUGCACCUACCGGAAGUAGCGUGACGUAGUCAGUUGAACAUAUACGCAAAGUUCCCUAUUGUUUACAAUGAUGGCCGCAUGAAGUGAGAGAGAUUCGGACCGAGAAAGCGACAAUUUCCCCAUUAAUUUGAGCGAGGAUGAAAGAUUUGUGGAUGAGUAAAGUGCAAGUGAAGGACUAGUGGGGAGUUGAAGCUAUUCAGAUAGGGAAGAUGCUGUGAGAGCCGGGGGUGACCUGAUAUUCAGCUGGGAAUGACUACAACAGUAAAUAAACACAAGACAUAUAUAUACUCUAUUAGCCACAACACAACCAGGCUUAUAUUUAAUAUGCCACAAAUUAAUCCUGCAUAAAAACACCUGCGUGUUUGUUAUGCUAGCUCCUAGCUCCUCUGCUAGCUCCUAGCUCCAUAGAACACGCCAAUACAAUUCAAACACCUGAUCAACACACACAAUCACUCAGCCCAAAAGACCGUUUACCUAACCCAAGGUUCAUAAAGCUUAUAUAUUUUUAAAAAGUUACGUACGUGACGCGCACAUACGGUCAAGUUAUCGAAUGUUUAGCAGCCAAGGCUGCAUACUCACGGUACCUGAUAUUCAGCUGGGAAUGACUACAACAGUAAAUAAACACAAGACAUAUAUAUACUCUAUUAGCCACAACACAACCAGGCUUAUAUUUAAUAUGCCACAAAUUAAUCCUGCAUAAUAACACCUGCGUGUUUGUUAUGCUAGCUCCUAGCUCCUCUGCUAGCUCCUAGCUCCAUAGAACACGCCAAUACAAUUCAAACACCCGAUCAACACACACAAUCACUCAGCCCAAAAGACCGUUCACCUAACCCAAGGUUCAUAAAGCUUAUAUAUUUUUAAAAAGUUACGUACGUGACGCGCACUUACGGUACGGUACGUGUUAUGCUAGCUCCUAGCUCCUCUGCUAGCUCCUAGCUCCAUAGAACACGCCAAUACAAUUCAAACACAUGAUCAACACACACAAUCACUCAGCCCAAAAGACCGUUCACCUAACCCAAGGUUCAUAAAGCUUAUAUAUUUUAAAAAAGUUACGUACAUACGCAAAAAAAAGCCAAAGCUGCAUACUCACAGUAGCACGUCUGCGUCUUUGUCAUCCAAAUCAAAGUAAUCCUGGUAAGAGUCUGUGUUGUCCCAGUUCUCUACAGGCGUCUGUGUAUCCAAAUCAAAAGUCCUCCUGGUUAGAGUCUCUGUUAUCCGAGUUCUUCCAUCUUGACUGCAUCUUUCGGGAAUGUAAACAAAGAAGCGCCGGCUGUGUACUGUUGUGGCUGACUACGUUCGAAAAAUACGUCCAUUUCGCACCGACAACUUUCUUCUUUGCUUGCUUGGCUUCCUUCUCCAUAAUGCAAUGAACAUGAUUGAAACAGAUUCACGAACACAGAUGUCCAGAAUACUGUGGAAUUAUGAAAUGAAAACAGAGCGUUUUCGUAUCGGCUUCAAUGUGGAAGGCAUACCCGUGUUCGUCGGGCUACGUCACGCGCAUACGUCAUCCUCAGAGGCGUUUCGAACCGGAAGUUUAGCGGCAAAUUUAAAAUGUCACUUUAUAAGUUAACCCGGCCGUAUUGGCAUGUGUUAUAAUGUUAAGAUUUCAUCAUUGAUAUAUAAACUAUCAGACUGCGUGGUCGGUAGUAGUGGGUUUCAGUAGGCCUUUAAGCUGCUCAGUUUGUGCUAAAAGUUUUACGAAAAAGAGCAGUUUGACUCAACACAUGAGAACGCACACAGGUGAAAAACCAUUUAUUUGUUCAGUUUGUGGCAAAAGCAUUUCUGUUAAGAGAAAUUUUACUCGACACAUGAGAACACACGCAGGUGAAAAACCAUUUAUUUGUUCAGUUUGUGGCAAAAGCAUUUCUGUUAAGAGAAAUUUUACUCGACACAUGAGAACACACGCAGGUGAAAAACCAUUUAUUUGUUCAGUUUGUGGCAAAAGCUUUUCUGCUAAGAGAAAUUUGACUCAACACAUGAGAAAACACACAGGUGAAAAACCAUUUAGUUGUUCAAUUUGUGGCAAAAGCUUUUCUGUUAAGAGAAAUUUAAGUGUCCACAUGAGAACACACACAGGUGAAAAACCAUUUAAUUGUUCAGUUUGUGGCAAACGCUUUUCUAUUAACAGAAAUUUGAUCGAACACAUGAGAAUACACACAGGUGAAAAAACAUAUAAAUGUGCAGUUUGUGGCAAAAUCUUUUCUCGGAGUACCUCUUUGACUCGACACAUGAGAACACACACAGGUGAAAAACCAUUUAGUUGUUCAGUUUGUGGCAAAAGCUUUUCUCAAAAUAGCCAUGUGACUCAACACAUGAGAACACACACAGUUGUUCAGUGUGCUGUAAAAGGUUCCCACAUAAUGCAGACACAGUAAAACACAUGAGAACACACAAGGGGAAAUAACCAAUUAGCUGUUUAGGUUGUGGUAUGUUGCUCAUAUGCAGUGUUGGGACUAAAACGUGUUACUGUAACGCCGUUUUUUUCGGCGGUAAGUAGUUGUCUAACGCGUUAUUUUUUAUAUUCAGUAACUCAGUUACCGUUACUACAUGAUGCGUUACUGUGUUAUUUUACGUUAUUUUUUAUGUAGUAUCGGCUAGAAACUGAGAAGAUCUGAGUGUGUUUUUUUGGAGCGCUGCUGUGUCGUCCUUCUGAUUCUUCCUGUCUCACAAGCAAUCCUAGAUGGGUUGUGACUUAAAGUUUAAUUGCUUUGUAGAAACACUGAGAUUAAAUCUAAAUUCAUUGUGUUCUUCAAGGUGUUUUUGAAAAUUUACCUUUUUUUUCCCUCAAAAUUGUUAACUAACUUGAAGUGUUUUGUCAAGAGGAUUAUUUGUGAUAUGUACAUUUUCAGAAUGUGCUUGUUCUAUUUUGGGCCGAAAUAAAAUAAAGAAAACAAUCUGAAGUUAGUUAAAAUGAGUUUGACACCCCUGCUGUAAUGUGACUCAUGUGAGCAGGUUACUGUAUAAACACAUU